AUGAAGCUCUACAUCCACGCCAUCCUCGCCACCGCCAUCACCCUCGUAAGCGCCGAAUGGCAACCCUGCGCCCACGGCGGAGAGGGAAAUUGGUCAUGGUUCGAGAUGGAUCUUGGAGGAUGUGUCCGGUGGAGAGAGGUCUUGCAGGAGACGAGGCGAUGGAACUUGGUCGGAGGCGAUGCUGUACCCUCUCCCGCUCUUCCUCUCCUCCCUCUCAAACAUCCUGUUCACACUUUCAAGCUCUCUGGUACAGUCAUCUCUCUCGUCCAACCAGAACGACCCAAACCGCCGAAUCCCACCUAUCAUCUCAGAAUGAAGCUCCACGUCUUCGGAAUCAUCGCUGUCGCCACUCUGGUGACCGCUUGGCGUCCCUGCGCCAAGGGCGGAGAAGGAGCGGGUUGUGGUGCCUGGCCAUGCUGUGGACACUACGGAUGCGGUCACGACAAUCAAUGUCACCUUUCGGGACGGGUAUUGCAGGACGGGGUAGGGAGGAAGGGUGGAGGGAUGGAAGGAGGUCUUGCAGAAGCAUGCUGUAUGGUGCGAGACGCAUAUCCGGGAACCUUAUCGACGGAGAUCAAGGUCCCAGAAUUCGGAGCACUUCCUUCGCCGAUGAACAAAGUGAACAAGAGUCGAUGCACAACUCUCGACUCUGCUUCUUACAAAAUCUCCGGAUGA